AUAUUUUGUAAGGAAACAGAACUGGAACACUAUUUUUUAACAUUUCCGAACAUUGUUAAGAUUUGAAAUAAAGAGAUGGAAAAUGAACUGAUCCAACCAGGAGGAACUCAAGCUGACUUUAUUAAAGAAGAAUUAAAUUUUGGUAUAGAUCUACAUGAUCCUAUUACCCAAACAACGUUGAAUACUCUUCCAGUUGAAGAAUGGAUAGAUAUUUUAGGAAAUGGACAGCUUAAGAAAAGAGUUAUAAGAAAGGGUAAACAUGGAACUCGACCAACCAGAUCUGACAUAUGUACCUUAAAAAUUGUUGGUAAACUAACAGACGGUACAGUUGUCGAAGAAUAUGAAAAUCUUAAGAUUCAGUUAGGCGAUGUUGAAGUAAUUCAGGGAUUAGAUCUAGCAAUAGCACUUAUGGAUACUGGUGAAAUUGCUGAAAUCGAAAUAAAUCCAAGAUUUGCUUAUGGUCAUUUGGGAAAACCACCAAGUAUACCACCUGCUGCUAUUAUUUUGUACACAGUUGAAUUGAUUUCUACUGAAGGGGAAAAGGAAAUAGAGAAGCUCAGUGUUCAUCAACGGAAAGAAAUUGGAAACAAGAAACGGGAACGUGGAAACUGGUGGUUCACUCGUAAUGAAGCAACACUUGCAAUUCAGUGUUACCGAAGAGCAUUAGAAUUCUUAUUACCAACAGAAAAUCGUACUUCAUAUCAAAGUGAAAUUGACGACUCUACCACCGAUGCAGAGUUACAGGCUUUGUUGGAAGACUCUAUGAAAAUAUAUAAUAAUUUAGCAGCAGCACAAAUGAAGACACAAGCGUAUGAUGCAGCAUUAAAAAGUGUAGAAAGUGUUUUAAGUUGCCAGCCUCAAAACGUGAAAGCACUUUUUAGAAAAGGAAAAAUUUUGCAUUACAAGGGGGAACAUGCAUUGGCCUAUCAAACGUUACUUCAGGCAGCAAAAUUAGAACCAGAAACGAAAACUAUUCAAGCAGAAUUAGCUAUUCUGAAAGAAAAGAACGCUAAAGAUGCACAAUAUGAAAAAAAUUUAUAUCGGAAAAUGUUUGGAACGCGUAAAAGUAAUAAUGUGCCUUUAAAGAGCACAAAGAAAGAAAAUAAAAAUAUGGCCAUAUCGAAUGUAACAUGGAGCUUAAUUGGUGGAGCAACUGCAGCAAUUGCAGGGUUCCUUUUAUACAGAUUUGUUUCGUGAAAAAAGAAGAGUAAAUGGAAUCUAGAAAGUAAGUGGAAGUGAAAAGUAAGACAUGAGUUAUGUAAAUACUAUAAAGUCUACUAAUAUAUAGUUGUGCAUU